AUGAAAUUGAUUAUAUUUACUGGAUUGCUGGCAGCCUGUACCGCUGCUAGCCUGGAACAUCUAGAAAAGAAGCAAAACAGCUAUCUUCCUGCUGCUAAAGGCUCUAGCAGCAGUCCUAGUAAAGAUUCUGAUGUAGAAGGUUCCGUAGGAGAUGAUACGAAUGCUAUUGGCGCAUCUAGUAUUGAUCAGCCAGGCUUGAGUGCUCAUUCUUUGGUUCCUUCCAACCCUAACUUGUCUUCCAACAAAGACCUUUCCUCAUCUGCAACUGAUUCUGAAUUUGAGGGUUACUUCUAUGGUCCAGGCAUUCAGAACGCUUAUAGUCAGCAGUCCAAUCUUCAAGCCCGUAGCCAGUUCGGUACCCAGACUCCUAACCAACAGUUCGAUCAACAAGGAAGUAGCAAAUAUCAAGCUCAGCAAAACCGUAAGCAGAUCUUAAGUUCACAAGGACCUAGCCAACAGUUUGGGAAUCAGGCACACAACCAACAGUUUGCUCAGCAGCCACACAAUGAGCAAUUUAGUGAACAAACACAGUCAGUCAGUCAGCAGCAGCCACUUAGUCCGCAGUUUGGUCAGCAAUCACUAAGCCAGCAAUACUUCCAACAAGCUCGAAACCAACAGUUUGGGCAUGUAGGAAGCCACGUCGGUCAACAAGAUACAUCUCCUCAAAAUACCAAUGAUUUCGGAGCUCAGGCUCCGUACCAGCCUCGACCAUCUUUUGCUAAUAGCCAGAACUUUGGUUCUCAAUCUUCUCAAAACUAUCCUCAGCAAUCCUUCGAUGAAGAAACCGGUUAUCAUUACUGA